AAAUGAUGAAUUCUAAUAAACAACUUUCAGAAAAACUUCCUCAGGCACGUUUACCAAGAUUAAAGCGUGAAAUAAUUGAAUUGCGAAAUGAUCCUUUGAAAGGUGUUGAUGUAAUAAUUCAUGAUGAUAUCACUUCAAUGUGCUUGAUUUUGACACCUUUACAAGGUCCGUUCUUCGGUCUAAGAUUACAUUUGACUGUUAAAAUUCCUGAAGAAUACCCUCGUAUUGCACCCAAGGUGUCAAUACAAACCGCAGUCGAACAUCCCAAUGUAUUCGAUGAUUGGGAUGAAUAUGAUGGAUAUAUUUGUGCGGAUAUUUUGCAAUCUCAUGCUCGAUCUUCUAAUGGGUAUAAUGGAGGAUAUACUGCUGGUUAUUUAUUGAAAUACAUAUUCUUACAAUUGUUAAGUUUUUUUUCUGAUCAAUGGGUUGAACAAGAUCAUGGUGGUUUGUAUAAAAUCGAAGUUGAUAAAUCAGCUGCGCAGCGAAUAGUCCGGUGUUAUUCAUGCACAAAAUGUGGAUACAAUAAACCCACCUGUUCUAAUCCUAUAAAGGUAGUUCUUAUUGAUGAUGAAAUUGAAAAUCAAGACAUUUACGGAAACCGCGUUUCUUCUUCAUUAAGUCCUACUUAUGUUAAUAGUGAUGUUAGUACUCAGACAUCUGAUACUACGGUGAAUGAUUUAAAUGACGAUGCUUGGUUGCAUAUCUUGGAAUUCUUGACAGAUCAAGAUAUAUUUUUGUUAUCUAAAGCAUAUCCACGUAUUAGUACAUUGGUUAGUUAUUUUAAUAUAAUGUUACGCCGACAAUUGGUAUGCUAUUAUCUUCGCAAAAAUUUUACCGAAUCAGUUCUCGGAAUUGGUGUUAGAGCUGGUUAUGGUUCCGUAGAAAAACGUGAAUUAAUAAUUGAAGAAUUUGAUCUUUUUUCAUAUGAAGCGUUUAAGGAUCAUAAUUUACGAGUUGGAAUUUGGGGAAAUAAGUUCACCCAUUUUCUUCCAAUUGCUUUAAACCAACAUCAUUUUGAUCGAUCACUUCCGAUACUUAAAUUGUCUUUAAUGCAAUUACGUGACUAUUCUAAUUGGGAUCCAUCAAUAAUCUUCAAAACGAUUCCAGGAAUAAUGAGUACAAUAGUGGUGAAUUUGAUGAAAGCUUGUGAUGAUAGUGGUGCGCAAUCGGUUAGUAAUCGUAAUCUGGUGGUUCUAAAAGCUUCUGAAAAAGCAUUGCAAGGAUAUUGUCUUUUGCUUCACCUUUUGACAAUGCUAGCUGAAAAAUAUCCGGAAAUCACCAAAGAAGCUGAAAAUAAAAUUACUAGAUUUAUAAACUCUGAAAAAAAAGUUGAACGUCAUAAAUCUCGCACACCAAAUUUAGGAGAACUUAUGAUCUACCUGUUCUUGUGCAAAAAUGUGGUCUGGUCAGAUUUUUGUCCGUCUUUUUUGCAAGAAUUAUUGGCUCGUAAUGUAGUUUGGUUUCUAAACAAAGAACCUGGUUUGGCAUACAUAGAACCAGAAAAUUAUCGUUCAGAUUAUCGGCUUAAUGCCACAUUUGAAUUGAGUAACACUUCUUUACGUCUUGUAUUAUUUCAAGUUUCAUUUCUUAAAAUAAUACAAGGAAUUGGAAAAGAUAUGAAACAUAGAUAUGGCUAUCCAUCGGAUGAAAUGAGCACUUCUUUACUUUUAUUGAUCAAACAAAUAUAUAACGUUAAAACCUGGGAUGUUUUCUUUAAAAUGAUAGAUUUUUCUUUGCCUGAACGAGGAUGGAAACAUGUAAUCACUAAAAUGUUGAAAAAUGCAAUCAAUGAAAGUUAUAAUAGUGGUUAUCAUCAAGUUCCAUAUACGAUUAAUGAACUAUAUUUUAUUAGACUUAAGAAAGAGUCACAAAUGCCUCCACCUAGCUGUUGGAAUAAUGAUUUGGAGGAAGUGAAUAGAUUAUUGACUUAUGGAUGUGAUAAAUCACUACAAUUUCAUCCAAAGAACCAACAUAAUACUAGACAAGGAAAUAAUCAAGAUUACAGACAUUUUAGAGGAGGUCGCGGAGGGCAAAAUAGAAGAGGUGAUGGUGGACGGAAUGAACCAGGCGGAAAUUCAUAUGAAGAAAUUGCGGAGGCAAUUAAUGCAACACAUUUUGAUAUCAUUCGUUUCGCUUUGUUUGUUUUGAUUUCAUCGGGUAGAGAGUCGCUGUUGCUUGCUACAAAUAAGCCUAUUUGA